CCUCCCCGGACCGAAAGCGAAAGCGCGCUCGACCUCUCGUCGCUCGCUUGCUCGGGUCUGGCCCGGCCGACGACGGCAGCGGGACCGGAGUCUCGGCGUUUGCGGGCGUGGGCCCGCCGGGCGGCAUGGACGGGCCGCCGGCCGCCGCUGGCGGGGACGUCUCCCUGCACAACUUCAGCGCGAGGCUGUGGGAGCAGCUCGUCCACUUCCACGUCAUGCGGCUGACGGACUCGCUUUUCCUGUGGGUGGGGGCCACGCCUCACCUGCGCAACCUCGCGGUGGCCAUGUGCAAUCGCUACCUCUGUGACAUCACAUACAGUAGAGGGUCAACCGACCUGGCUGUUGACACAGAUGCCAGACCUUCCUCCUCUUGGAUUCCAUCCCCGUGUCUACCUCCCUCCUCGGAGACACUUCUGAUACGACCUCCUCUGGCCUUGCCCAGCGCUUAGCCAGGAAGACCAACAAACAAGUGUUUGUCAGCUAUAACCUUCAAAACACGGACAGUAACUUCGCAUUACUCGUAGAAAA